CAAGCUGCAUGCUGAGCCCUGUCAGAGGAAAAGCAAACUUCUGCUAAGUGAGGAAAUGCCGGGUCUAGACUCAGCCUGGGUGGUCUUCACGCUGCUGUGGCCGACGCAGAUGCUGCUGGCUGUGGAUGCUGCCAAUGGACAAUAUGAAACUGCACCCAAAUCUGUGAUUUCCCUUCAGCCUCCAUGGACUACUUUCUUUCAAGGAGAGACAGUCACUCUGUCUUGCUAUAGAUUUGGGUUCUCCUUACCCCUGAAAACAAAAUGGUACCAGAAGAGAAAACCACUAAAGGAAAUCCAAGAGAACACCUUAAGGGUCCAUGAGUCUGGAGAGUACUGGUGCCAAGCCGACAGCUCUCCUCCCAGCAUUCAUGUGCACGUAGAGUUUUCUGAAGACCCACUGGUGCUGCAGGCUCCCCCUGCUGUGUUUGAAGGAGACUCUGUGGUUCUGAGGUGCCAUGCAAAGGAAAGCAUACUACCAGAGACCUUGAAACUCUACAAGAACGAUGAAGCUCUGAGCUUACCUGGUAAAAGUUCUGAGCUCCGCAUUCCUCAUGCGAAUCUGGGGAACAAUGGCGAAUACAAGUGCAGUGGAAAGAAGGGAUUUUUUAGGACCAAAACUUCUUCCAAGACGUUCAGAGUUCAAGUCCAAGAGUUAUUCCCUCGUCCUGUGCUGUCAGCCAGACCGUCCCAACCCAUAGACGGAAGCCCGGUGAUCCUGACCUGUCGAACCCAGCUCCCUGCACAGAGGUCAGCUGUCCAGCUCCGGUUCUGUUUCUUCAGAAACCUCCAGGCUCUGGGGACAGGCUGCGGCAGCUCCCCGGAGCUGCACAUUCCGGCCAUAUGGACUGAAGAGUCAAAGUGGUACCAGUGCAAGGCAGAAACAAUGAGUUCCCAAGCUGGAAAACAAAGCCUGGCCGCCAGGAUUCCUGUGCAGAGAGCCUUUGCGGACUUCCAGAUAAACAUUGUCCCAGCCUCAAAGUUGGUGUUUGAAGGGCAGUUGCUGUUACUCAACUGCUCAGUAAAAGGGGUCCCAGGGCCCCUCAAAUUCUCCUGGUACAAAAGGGACAAGCUGAAUAAAGAAGCAAAGACUCAUAAGUCCUCAGAAGCGGAAUUCAAAAUCUCCACAGUGAACAGCAGCGAUGCAGGGGAUUAUUACUGUGAGGCUAACAACAGCCGCCGAAGCUUUGUCAGCCGGCCAGUUCCCAUCACCAUAAAAGUUCCAGUGUCCCGCCCCAUCCUCACGCUCGGGGUCCCGGGGGCCCAGGCUGUGGUGGGUAUCGUGGUGCAGCUUUCCUGUGAGGCUCUGAGGGGCUCCCCUCCAAUCCUGUACCACUUUUAUCACCGAAAUGUCACCCUGGGGAGCAGCUGGGCCCCUUCCGGAGGAAGAGGAUCCUUCAACUUUUCUGUGACUGUAGAACAUUUUGGAAACUUCUUUUGUGAGGCUGACAAUGGCCUGGGUCGCCAGCGCAGUGACACGGUGACACUGAAUGUUAUACACAUGACCAAGAACAGAAGUGUUGCUGUGGUCACUGGACUCACAGGGGGACUGGCUACCAUGGCUGCUGGAGUGCUGCUGUUUUACUGCUGCGUCUCCAGAAAAGCAGGAGGAAAGCCUGCCUCUGAUGACUCCAGGAGCCCUUCAGAUGCAGAAGCCCAGGAGCCCGCCUAUUACAACGCACCAGUCUGUAUAGAGCUGCAGCCAGCACACAGCAGCGACACUAAAGAAGACGUGAUUUACACGGAAGUGUGGAGUACUCCGCAGAGAGGUAAACACACAGUUCAGAAGUCUCGGAGCCCAAGAUCAAGGUGCCAGAUGGCUGAGUGA